UGUCAGACUGAACCACAGCAUGGAGGAGAAGGGAUUGUUGCUGUUUGCGGACUCCUGGAGCUCUAUAUCUAUAUAAUAUAGAAUAAUACUCUCUCUGUGUCUUUUUCUCACCUCUCAUGAUGACAUCAUGGCAGUGUGUGUCCCCCGCGGCCCCCAGCGGCCCCCCCGCCCAGCAGGGGCCCCUACAGGUGAACGUUCCUUGCUACCUGCUGCGCGGACAGGGCAAGGACGAGCACUAUGAGUAUGAAGUGAAGCUCGCUGCUCUGGAUAUCCCUCCGAAGAAACUCUUUGGGAACCGAGAUGAGAGGAUGAUCAACGAGAGACGAGGUCACUUGGAGGUGAUUAAACCAGUUCUAAAGUAUCCAUGUGGAUGUCACACUUACAUUUAAACCGGUUCUAAAGUAUCCAUGUGUGGUCUUAAACUUAUUAGACGAGUUCUAAAGUAUCCACGUGGAUAUCACACUUACAUUAAACUAAAUCAACGUCGUCGUACAUAUCUAGUUGAUUAAACCUAUCACGAAGAACGCAAUGUCUCCGUAAACCA